UGCCUAUUGCCUGUAUUUAUAUGUGCUUAAGCUUAAUUCAAAUUAGACGUAGCAAGCGUCAAGCAGCGGAGCAGCAAUCAAUCAGCGAAGCGAUAUUUACAGUGGCAUAAAAAAAUAUCGCCUUGCUGGUUGUUGCUCUGCUGCUUGACGCUUGCUGCUUCCAGUCUGAACUAAGCAUUCAGUUAACAAUCCAGCAGGAAAACAAGCAUUGUGCCGCUGGUUUUAUAGAAGUUGUGCGACCCUUCGCAGAGUGAAGGGGGGGGGGAAGAGUGAGAGUCGUGGGAUGAGAGUCGCUUCGCGUGGAGAGUUGAAAUCCAUGUGAAACAGUACAAUUAUGGACCUCAUUUAAUUUCUGUGACAGAUUUCCUAAUCUUGAUAAUCGUCAACUUUAACGCUUAAUAUCUGUUCGCGGGGCAGAGCGACAUUUUUUUCUGUCAGAUUCUUUAAUUUCCUACAAAAUCGAAUGAGUCUAAUUUUAUUGAUUGUUGAGAUAAAGUAGAUUGUAAUUACCGCAUAUACGUGUGCACGUGAGAAGUAUAUAAAUUUUGCAGUUUCUUUUUGUAUACAAUUAUAUAUUUUUUUAAGCACCAUGCCAAGCUGUUACAUCAAAAAUUGUACUAAUCGUGUACGGAUAAAUGAUAUAAAAUUUUUUAAAUUACCGAAAGAACCUGUUGUUCGCCAGCAAUGGCUGAAGGCCUGCGGAAAAAACGAAGGAGAAUUACCUAAAUCUGCAACAAUAUGUAGUAUUCAUUUCGAGGAAUACUGCUUUCGAUGGACAAAGCCACAAGAUAAUAUACCACUCAAGCAGAUAUGGCGAUUGAAGGAAAAUUCUGUCCCCACAAAAUGGUUGAAUAUAAAAAAGAAUGAUAAAAGAAAAAAUGAUAAUAAAAAAAUAAAAGUAGCAGGUAUACCAACCUAUGGACAACUUGUGCAAUAUGCACGAGAAAAGCAGCAUAUACUUUCAGAUGAAACAAUUUGUAUGGAUACGAAUAUUUGUAAAGAUGAGUCCAUUUUGCUUCCAGAUGUUGCAAUAAAAGAAAUCAUAGUAACUCCGGCAGAUACGCCACGCUGGGAUUUACGAAGCAGAAAUCAGAAAAAAUAGGACUGGAGAUAAUUUUCCCGCAACUACUUUGUUACAUGCCUUUUAUAU